GACACAUGUGGUUAGAUAUUCACAUAAACUUUCGUUAUUUUCUGCAAUGCGAUUGAAACGUAUGAUAUUCUGUGUUAUAUUUCUUGUUAUAUUCAUUGUAAUUGUUGGGACUUUUAAAUUUGCAUAUACUUUUAUACAGCUGCUAAAUCAUGUGGAUAUCCAUAAAAUAAAAGUAAGGCCGGUACUGGGAAGAUCUUUCAAUACUCGCACAGAUGAUAAGAAAGCUGUGUUACGAGAGCUUACAACAGAUGAUUAUUUAAACCAUACUUACAUUGAACUUAAACCGAUUCGCAUUGAGCGACUACGCGUCUUUGUAUAUUCAGCCGUUUUACAAAACUCUAAAUCAACCGAAGAUAAUAUUUUAGACGUCAGAAUUCAAGCCAUAAAGCAUCAAUACGACGACCCUGUAUUUCAAUGUUGCCUACGAGCUGGGAAUGGAAAUCUCAUAGCAUCUACAGCGGCCCAAUUAUUUCGUCUUUUUCAACAAGGGCAAUUCCAGAGUGCAGUUUACAGCUGUCGCAGUAACGUAACAGAUCUAAACAUUGAGUUUGUUAGUUUCAAAAUAAAUUGUGCAGCAUCUGACAAUGAAGAGCGACUUCAAGUUCUGCCUUCUGAGGUUCCUAAGGGGGAUAUUGCAAUAUGUGUUCACGCUGUUUAUGGAUAUGUUGACCCUGAAUUAAUAGCUGAGUGGAUGGAAAUAAUGUGGCUACAAGGUGUUCGGCGUAUUUUCGUGUAUCCUCUAAAAACAAUUGAUCAUGUAGAUGAGAGAACGAUGAAAGUUUUUAAAUUUUACGAAGCCCGUGGUUUGGUACGACUUAUUCCGUAUGAACUUGCUGUAUUGGGAAAAGAUCUCGGAUUCCGACGAUUUAAGGCCAACCAUCGUACUUACCAGAUGUUUUCAGAUGAGUUUGUUCCAAUAUAUGAUUGUCAAUCCAGGGCCUCAAAUUACAAAUAUACAAUGGUAAUGGACUUUGAUGAAAUAAUUGUUAACCCUGAACAACCUUUGCAACUACUUCCCACGUUAAAUCAUCUUCUUCGACAGAAUCCAUUUGCUGCAUACUUUACGUUUCAUGUGGAAAAUUUCGUUAAGAACUGGGGAGAAACAAAUCCUGGUUCUGAUUUAGUCCUAAUGAAGUACAUUAACAGAAGCCGUGCAAUGUAUGAUAGACCAAAGGCGGUCUAUGUAAAAGGUCGUACAGCAGAUUUUACUAUGCACAAUUCACUACCAGCUAAAGGUUUCAAAAGAAUCAUGGUUCCAGUAUCUACCGCAACAAUUCAUCACUAUACGUCAUGUCGAUAUCGAUGGUCAAGAGAGUUUUGUUUAGUUCAACUAAGCCGCUUUGAAGACAAAUCUUUACUACAGAUAGAAAGCUUGCUGACUGAGAGGAUGAAAAACGUACCGGAAGAUAUUCGUAACCCAGAAGUUUAAAUUUGCAAUAAAGGGGUGUACGUGGAAUUGUUUGUUAUGGAUUUGGUAGACUACUAAAUAAUCCUAAUGAACAGAACUCCAGUCCCUAGAAAAUCGCCACUGCUUUAUUUUCCUCAGGGACAUUUGUUAUGUGGGUGGUGUGGGGAGGGGUGGGGCACAUUUCUCUUGGAGCACAGGGGUGUUUAAUUUCUCAUAGCAGUUUUGGGUAUUUAUUCGUUAUCUGGCAAAGCCACGUUGAAAUGAAUAUUAUGUUAAUCGUGCUUAAAGAUACUAGAAAAGAUAAAAUGGAAUGUCUCAUUUAUAAUAGAAUUACAAAUUCGGAAAACGAACUUUUUGGUGAACAAAUAAAGUGUGUUUAAAAGUACUUGAAGGAUUAACAAUACCAGCAUACAUCUAUAACAUGACUUGAUCAUAAAUAUAAUGUAUUCCAUAGUAUUGGCUUGUUCACAGCUUAUUGUCAUUUUUUUAUAAUGUUUCAUUGGUAUAGACGUUUUCAAUAAAAUAAAUGAGUUAUC